AUGAUAUUGUGCGUGGUAUUCUAUAUGCUACUUGCCAUUCUUAUUGCACCAAAAGCUUCAAAUUCAGCAGCAGCAGUAACAACAACAACGACGACAACAAUAACAACAACAGCAAGGCCCACAACAACAACGACUAGCAGCAAAAACUUCUACAAUAACUUAAUCAACGAACUACUUGCCGACCACAACAGCUCGGGCAUUUACUUAUCGCUUGAUAACAAAACUGGAAUUGCAUUUUACAAUAAUUUAAUCAACGAACUGCUCAGCAACAGUAGCUCAGACAUCGACUUGUUGCUUAGCAGUGAUGAUCCCGAUGUGGUCGUUUCGCUUGAGACCAGUCACCCUCACGUCGAAUUACAGCUGGACAUAAGUGAUCCUCACAACGAAAUAUUGUUGGAUAUUGACGGUCGUAACAGACUGGUGUUCAAGGCUGGUGAUACAAACACCAAUUUAUUGCUAGGAAGCGAUGCUCAAAACAUUGAUUUAUGGUUCGGGAGAAACUGCAACGGCAAGAACAACAACAAUAACAACAGUAUGGAAUACUACAACAACUUGAUUGAUGAGCUGAUUAGGGGCAACGGUACUGAUAACAGCUUGAUCAACUUGCUAAUACCUAAAUACGGUGUUCCUUAUACCACCUACUUAAUGAGCGGGUUAAGUAAUGCUAACGGUACUCACUACUACAGCAGCUUGAUCAAUGCUUUACUUAGUGAGAACGAGACGAAUAACCGCAACAACAUGACCAAUUAA